UUGGCUACGCUUUAUACAAGUGUUAUAUUUAUCCUUUAUAUUUGUCGCCAUUACGUAAAAUUCCUGGUCCACCUGUUGAUAAUUUUAUUGUUGGACAUUAUGCCUCUUUUUUAAAUAAAGAGCUAGGCGAAGCUCUUGCUUACUUAGCAAAACAAUAUGGAGAUUCUCAUAAGCGACAAAGAAAAAUGAUGAAUCCUUUAUACACUUUUGCCAAUAUUAAGGAAAUGGUUCCAAUCUUCGUUCAAGCUGGUCAUAAAUUAAAAGAUAUCUGGAUGGUGCAAAUCGGUAACAAGAAAGAGGAAAGAAUUACGAUCACUGCACUAAUUCCAAAGACAACUUUAGACGUUAUUGGUCUUGUUGGAUUUAAUUACGAAUUUAAUUCUACUACUUCAGAGUCUAAAUUAGCUCAAGCAUAUAAUUCUAUAGUUAGUUGUAGUCCUUCGCCUUUAUAUAUUGCUCUUUUAGUUGCUGAACAAAAAAAUUCUCCUGUUCAUGGAAAAGAUUUAUUAUCUUUGUUGGUAAAAGCAAAUGAAAAAUUGCCUGCCAAUGAACAAUUAACACAUAAUGAAUUAGUUAAUCAGGUUAUGACAUUACUCGUAGCUGGACAUGAAACAACGAGUGUUGCAUUAUCUUGGGCACUAUACUUUCUCGCAAAACAUCUUGAUAUUCAGGAUCGUCUUCGUAAAGAAGUGCUAGAUAUAUUUACUGAUCGUAAUUAUUUUCCAGCUUUUGAUGACAUUGAACAUGUGAAAUUCUUAGAUUGUGUCUUUAAAGAGACUUUAAGGGUCGUUCCACCUG